UCCAGCUUGGCCUUUGGGUUUGCUGUGGUGGUCUUGUCUCCUGCAGGACCGGGCGCAGCAUGGACACUCCCAGGCGGUUUCCGACGCUCGUGCAACUGAUGCAGCCAAAAGCAAUGCCAGUCGAGGUGCUUGGUCACCUUCCUAAGCGGUUCUCCUGGUUCCACUCUGAGUUCCUGAAGAAUCCGAAGGUAGUUCGCCUUGAGGUUUGGCUGGUGGAAAAGAUCUUCGGCAGGGACCGAGAACGCAUCCCGCACGUCCAGGGUAUGUCCCAAAUCUUGAUUCAUGUGAAUCGGUUGGACCCUAACGGCGAGGCUGAGAUCUUGGUAUUUGGGAGGCCUUCUUACCAGGAGGACACAAUCAAGAUGAUCAUGAACUUGGCUGACUAUCACCGACAGCUCCAGGCGAAAGGCUCAGGAAAGGCCCUCGCCCAGGAUGUCGCCACUAAGAAGGCCGAGAUCCAGCUGUCUUCAACAGAAGUCCGGGAGGCCGGGACCCAGCGUUCGGUGGAGGUCCGGGAGGUCGGGACACAGGGUUCUCCGGUGGAGGUGCGGGAGACCGGGACCCAGCAGUCUCUCGAGGCUGCCAACCAGUCCGGGACCCAGCGAUCCCCCGAAGCUGCCAGCAAGGCAGUGACCCAGCGGUUUAGCGAGGAUACCCGGGCCCCAGUUACCAGAUUAUGAAGGCAUCUCGGGCCCUGGAGCCAGAGCCAGUCAGGGGUUAAAGUGAAAGCCCGUACUUCGCCCAGAAGCUGCGGUUGGGAGGAGGAUGAUGUGGAUUUUUUGUUUUACCCCUUCUGUUGAAUGGUUGCAAACACAAACUUGAGUUCUAAUAAAAAAUUGCAAACUAGAAGCCGCCCCCUACUUCAGCCCCUGAAGCUGGGGUAAGGGUGGAUGAUGUGGAUUGGUUUUUUUUUACCCCUUCUGUUGAAUGGCUGCAAACACAAACCUGAGUUCUAAUAAAUAAUUGCAAAGUGGAAGCCCCCCGCUACUUUAGACCAGGAAGCCGGGGUGGCGGGGGAGGUUGACGUGGAUUGUUUUUGUUUUACACCUUCUGUUGAGUGGUUGUCAACACAAACUUGAGUUCUGAUAAACAAUUGCAUUUCCCUGACGUCUGUAUUUUGGA